UCACAACUGUGCGCAAAUGGUAAGUUCAGGCUGUGUCCUGAGUCAUUGCCGUAACGUGGAAGGGUGGCAGACACCCUGGAAGGACAUCGCAGGGCCUGGGAAGCCAAAUGGCAGUCCCUCCGCACAGGGGGACACGAUGCCACCCUCCAGAGAACAGAGAAGCCACCUAGAAAACGAGAUAGGACAAGCUAUACCGUGAGCUGAAAAAUGACAAACAUUAUUUAAACACACGUUCUAAAAAAAGACUUAAGUACAUGGAAAGACAAAGUCCCGCUGGCUCUUCGUUCGCGCGCCCGCCGGCCCCCCCACCCCAGGAAUGGAGUGAGUCUAUGCACAGCCUCUGGAUAAGCGUGGGGGGCCGUCCCAUGCUGGGGUCCAUGACCAAGGCCGCGGACCCCCGCUUCCGCCCCCGCUGGAAGGUGAUCCUCCCGUCCUUCGUGGGCGCUGCCUUCCUCUGGCUCCUCUACUCCCACCGCCCGGCCCCAGGCAGGCCCCCCGUGCCCGGCCCCCACCACUGGAGGCUCAGCCGGACGCCCGCGGCGCGGUACAAUGACACCUACCCGCUGUCUGCCCCCCAGAGGAUGCUGGGCGGCACCCGGUACCGAAUCGCACUCAUUGCCGACCUGGACACGGAGUCAAAGGCCAAAGAGGAAAACACCUGGUUCAGUUACCUAAAGAAGGGCUAUCUGACCCUGUCCGACAGUGGGGACAAGGUGACCGUGGAGUGGGACAAAGGGCACAGCGUCCUGAAGUCCCACCUGGCUGAAAACGGGCGGGGCAUGGAGCUGUCCGACCUGAUUGUCUUCAACGGGAAGCUCUACUCGGUGGACGACCGCACAGGGGUUGUCUACCAGAUCGAAGGCACCAAGGCUGUGCCCUGGGUGAUCCUGCCCGACGGCGAUGGAACCGUGGCCAAAGGCUUCAAAGCUGAGUGGCUGGCGGUGAAGGACGAGCACCUUUACGUGGGCGGCCUGGGCAAGGAGUGGACCACUGCCACGGGGGAGGUGCUGAACGAGAACCCGAAGUGGGUGAAAGUGGUGGGCUUCCGCGGCAGCGUGGACCACGAGAGCUGGGUGUCCAGGUACAACGCGCUGCGGGCCGCCGCUGGGGUCCACCCGCCAGGCUACCUCAUCCACGAGUCCGCCUGCUGGAGCGACACGCUGCAGCGCUGGUUCUUCCUGCCGCGCCGGGCCAGCCACGAGCGCUACAACGAGAAGGACGACGAGCGCAAGGGCACCAACCUGCUCCUGAGCGCCAGCCCGGACUUCAGGGACGUCUCCGUCAGCCGCGUCGGGGAGCUCGUCCCCACGCACGGCUUCUCCUCCUUCAAGUUCAUCCCCAACACGGACGACCAGGUCAUCGUGGCCCUCAAGUCCGAGGAGGACAGCGGCAAGAUCGCCAGCUACAUCAUGGCCUUCACGCUGGACGGGCGCAUCCUCCUGCCGGAGACCACGGUUGGCAGUGUGAAGUUCGAAGGGGUAGAAUUCAUCUGAAUUUAAAAACUUAACACAUCAGGCAAGGCCGAGGACGACGGUUGAAGCUGCCGUACAUCAGGACUCAGGUUUUAUCGAAGCAGAGGACUGCCCUUUCCUGGCGUUUUUGCUCUCUUUCUGUCCGGAACUCCGAGGUGUGUGUCGGCUUAGAGGCCUUCCUGGCAGGGAGUGUGCGCAGCGCGGGGGGCCUUCCCAGAGCCAGCGGCGCGGUGGCUGCACAGCCCUCUGCACUGCCACCUGGUGGCAGAGGCUGGUCAUUGCGGCACCGCAGCCUCGGGCCCCGCCUCUGGUGCCCUCCCUCCGGCCUGACCUCCCUUUCUUUUCUUGCCAUUGUUCUCUUGUUCAAUAAAUAGUCUUUAAGCUUCUACCAUGUGUCAAGCACUGUGCCCCCUGGGAACACUGCGGUGACUGUGAGUGCACCUGUCCCUCUGGGACUCCAGGCCCUCCUCUUCCUCCUCCCCCCGAACCUUGGGCACCGAAGCCACCCCUCCAGCCUGGAGAAGACCUGUUGACACUGUGGGAUGUUCCAGGGCUGAGCACACAGGCAGGCCUCCGGGAGCGCGUCCCCCCAGAAUCUUGCAGGAAGGGUCACUAGCCCACCCAUUUGUCCCUAAACCUCACAUUAAA